AUGCGCACUCUCGGACUCGUCGUCGCCGUUCUCUGCAUCCUCGGAUCCAUCUCGGCCCACACGAUGCCUCUGAAAUUUGGCGAUUUGAUGCGAGCGAUCGAGAAUGGCGAAAUCGUUCUGGGAUCGCAACGCAACCGGCUGUCGAAAUUGGCCAAUCAGCUGGAGGCUCGCGACUUGGACCACGCCGUGUUCGGCGACUUUUCCGAGUUUGUCGAACCGGUGGCCGAUGGUGAGCCUGAGAGCCUAGGCUUAAACGUGUAUGUCAAACAGAUCUGGCGGACGUGUGGAACGAUGUGAUGGAUGUGGUGGCGAAUGUCGGCGAGAAGCUCAGAGAGGCGGCGGACAGUGGAAGAGAUCUUCCGAAGGUGGCCGCCGAUCGGCUCGGACUCAAGCACACCUCCACCUUGGAUAUUCAUGGCCUGAAAGAUGUGAGAAGCCAGCAGGAUGUGUGGAACGUCGUCUACAAGGUCGGAAAGCAGCUUCAGCGCGGCCUGUAG